CACAGAUUUGAAGAACUCGGAUCACCCUUGCAAGAAUUCGUUCAUCCGAUUAUCACAAUUACCUUUGAACAUAUUAUAUUUCUCACUCAAUUUCUUGUUUUAUACAGUCGCUUGCCCCAUGCACCAAAAGGAAGGUCAUCAUUUUACUUCCGUGUGGUUUACUCUUGCCUUUAUUUAUCCUAUCCUUUUCUUCCACGUUUCCUUUCCCUCCAUCAUAUCUCCUAUGUUUUCUUUGUGAAGUCUGUAAAGUAAAUGCCUCAAAAACACAAAUUAGUACCUCUUGAGUCAUGACUGUAGGGACAAAUCUUGUCCCAAAAAACAGAUAUGUUAUUAGAGACUUAUUAAAGAGUCGCUAAUGAUAUGCUUGGAUAUCUGUUUGGAUAUCUGUUAGCUAAUUUAUGUUAGCACCCGCUGCGAAGUAAAUAGUUAAUAGAACUCUUCAAACGAGUUGAGAUGAAUGUGUUUUCCCUCAUUCAACAUUCAACGAACUUUAUUUUAUUAAAGUAACAAUUUCACAUGUCACCUCCUUGAGGAUAUACUUCCUAAUCAAUCGGAUAUUCUUCCUGCUUGGAUGCGAUGAGAGAAUUCAACUAAGCAAGAUUAUGAUAUCUACCUCGCUUCCCAGACGGGCAAUACAGAUGUCACAAAGUUAGCUGUCAAGUUUUGUAAAGUAGAGAGCACUAUGGGUUUUUACAGACUUCAGCUAUUGGCCACUGUCUCAUUGAUGCUUUUGCUACCAAAUACACAAGGGUGGGGAGAAGAUGGGCAUGCCAUUGUUUGUAAGAUUGCUCAGGCUCGCCUCAGCAAUACAGCUGCUGAGGCUGUGAAAAAACUGUUGCCAAUUUCUGCAAACAAUGACUUGGCGAGCAAGUGUUCAUGGGCAGAUCAUCUUAGAGUAGUUUUUCCUUGGUCAUCUGCUUUGCACUUUGCUGAUACUCCUGAAUCCGUUUGCAGUUACAAAAACAACAGGGAUUGUAUAGAUCACAAAACUGGAGCCAAGGGACGUUGUGUUGUGGGAGCAAUUACCAAUUAUACCAAUCAGCUCCUCGACUAUGGCAGUGACACUGAAUCCAAGUACAACCUCACACAAGCUCUUCUAUUCCUUUCACAUUUUAUGGGAGACGUCCAUCAGCCUCUACAUUGUGGCUUUACCACAGACAGAGGAGGCAAUGACAUUAGCAUUCAUUGGUACAAAAGGAAGCAAAAUCUUCACCAUGUCUGGGAUGUUAGCAUAAUUGAAACAGAACUUGAAAGGUUCUAUGACUCUGAAAUGGGGGAAUUCAUCGAUGCAAUUCAAACAAAUAUUACGAAAGAAUGGGAUGAUCAAGUAGAAGAAUGGGAGAAUUGCAGUUCUGGUGACAUCGCGUGUCCAAUUAUAUAUGCUUCUGAAAGUAGCAAAGAUGCCUGUAAAUGGGCAUAUGCAGAUGCCUCUGAAGGUUCUGUACUACAAGAUGAUUAUUUCCUGUCACGAUUUCCGAUAGUUAAUUUGAGGUUGGCUCAAGGAGGAGUUCGAUUGGCUGCAACUCUAAAUCGUAUUUUUGACACAGAGCUUGCAGCAAUGUCCAUGUAACUUAUUGAAAGAGAAGAUUGGUCUGCACUUUUUACAUAAAAAGGGAAUUAAGUGUAAACUAAUUUGUAGCUCAAUUAGUACUAUCAAAGUCUUUAAGGGGACAAGUGAUAAGAUCUUGGGGAGUUUGAAUAAUUAACAAGAGAUUAUUGACUAGAUAGUAUCAGAUUAGAGAUCCAUGAUUUGAUUGUACUAAACAGCAGAGAAUAAAGAUACCUGCAUCUCUUUCUGGUGCAUGCAAGAAUUGUCAAUUUGUCA